AUGGGAAUGAUUGUGAAGGAAGCAGGUCUCGAGGAUAAGAAUGAAAGUAGUAAGCUUAUCACUGAUGUUUCGAGUAUCCUCAUAGUACUAUCACAAUCGAUCUUUUCAAUAAUCUACGCAUGGCAGUAUCAAUAA